UACCAGUGAAACCCGAUAGAGUAUACUUCGGUAGAACUGGCAACACUGAAAUUCGCUGUUUGGAUUUUGUCGGCUGAAAUGGCGUGUGUGACGCCUGAAAAUAUUGUUGCUCGUGAUUUACCUGAAGCCUUAGCAUCUUUUAAGGAAAUAACUGAACAAGCAAACAAUGUACGAAUAACUGUAGAAACAUUAUUAAAAAGAAUUGAAGAUAAUGAAUUUAAAACUGAAAAGGGCAACAGUUUUUUGGAAUUGAAAAAUCAAAUGUUGCUUAGUUAUCUUAUUAACUUGACUUACAUCAUUCAUAAUAAAGCUAUUGGAAAAAGCAUAGAAGGUGAACCAGCAAUUGAGAGACUUGUGGAAAUUCGUACGGUGUUAGAGAAAAUGAGGCCUAUUGAUCAAAAAUUAAAAUAUCAAAUUGAUAAACUCUUGAAAUCAAGUGUAGCAGGAAACAUUGAUCCCAAUGAUCCCAUUCAUUUGAAACCUAAUAUUGGAAAUAUACAGAACAAGGAAAGCGAAGAAGAAAUGUCUGGUUCUGAGGAGGAGGAAGACCAAAAUGAAACAAAAAAAUCAAAAGUAUAUGUGGCUCCUAAAUUAUUACCAAUGCAUUAUGAUGGAGAUGAUACACUAGAAGAUAAGAGAAAGAAACUUUUUGAUAAAGCUAGGAAGAGAGUUUUGAACAGUAGUAUAAUGCAAGAGUUGAAAAGAGAAUUUGAUGAAGGACCAGAAGAAAUAUGGGAUUCAGUUGGCCAUCAUAAAUUAAGACAAAAUAAAGAAAUGAAGGAAAGACAAGAGUAUGAAGAAAAAUAUAUGAUGAGAAUGCCAUUAACUAAAAAGCAAAAGCACAACUACCGACGUCUUCCCGCCGCUUCCGGUCUAGGAAAUUUGGCCAAGUUCGAGGACGUGUCUAUUUUGGAUGCCGACUUCCAGGAGAUGUCCGCCCCCCGGACGACGGCCAGAAAAAAGAAAGAAAGAAAGAAGAGGGAAAAGAAAAGAGGGCUUAGAAAAAAGAGACGUUGAGGGAAAGACGCCGGUGUCGUUUAAGAGGAAUAAAGUUACUUUCACUCUCUCGAUACAUUCUCGCAAUCGGGUAAUCGUGCCCUUAGUCCAUACGACGGUUAAUUGGGGUGGGUUUACGCCGCCUGGCGGAAGAGAUAGUCGCCAAUCCUCCGAUUUUUGACCGGGUUCUUCCCAGAUAAGGAGAAAUGGAAAAUCCCCACCGAAUUUAAAAUCGACUCCGGCGGGCGGAAGUGGCCCGGGCAGAAGAGGGAGAAUCGACGGCCUGGGCCCGUCUUCCCGGGGGCCAGUAAGGGCCCGCUUCCGGUCGCGGCGGAGGGGAGGGGAGGCGGGAGCCGAGGGCCGGGCGCGCGCGUGUACCUGGCCGUCGGCCUAUCUCUCGGCAGCAGCGCCCGCUAAUCCCCGCCCGUCCGGGAAAGGGGAUUAAAUUCUGACGUCUGGCGAAAAGCGACGAGGUAAACUUCGCUCCGUCUUGCCGAGGAUCCGUCUCGGACCUCGUCCGCCGGAUCAAAAAUCCGCAUCGGACCCGGCUCGGAUCACGUGACCGGAUGUCUGCGACGCUCCGAUAGCGUUAUCGGUCGGGCCGAGGGCAGCAACCAGUCAGACAAUGGACUUAUUUAUUGGUCGGAGGGACACGUGUUUUACACAGACCGGGUGACAUCCGGCCCCUUUCUUAUCUCUGUCGGGACAUCCGCGUCUGUCGUCUUAUCUGUGCCAGCCACUUUCUCUCCUCUGCCCGACCUCCUAAUAACGUGACAGGUGCCGCUUCUGCAUCCUCCCUUCCCUCGUAUUUCUUCUCGACGCUAUUCUUUAUGAAAGAUUACUCUCGGUUAUUACUAUUAUCCCGAUCGGACCGGCGCCACCGCGCCGAUCGGCGUGGCUCGCCUAAUUAUUUUUUGCCCUUUCCUUCCCCCGGGGGCGGAGGUGCCACUUUCGUCGGUGCCGGCGGCGGGGGGAGCGUAAGCGAGAAGAGCGGCGGCACCGGGUGUAAUUCCCACGACCGUUGCGCAUUAUCCGGCGCGCGACUUGACAUUUUCCCUGGGUUAUCUGGCGAACGGAGAGGAGAGAAAAAGCGUCCGCAUCCCGGAUAUAUCGAGUCCGGAGGUGAGAGAGAAGGAAAACGAAUCCGAAAUCGAAAAAGAGCGCCCCCUGUAAAUUCUCUUUCUCCCGACGGCCGGACGACUCGGCCGAGGGGCGCAACAAUCGCCGCCCACGAAAAAUCCCUAGUUUUUCCCCUCCUCCCUCUGUCGCUUUCUAUUACUUUUUGCUUUCGGAGGUGCUUCGGUGGGAUUCGGUGCAGCUGCACCCGGAUCCCGGGAAAUUGGUCCCAAACUCUACGGCGAAAAAAGUAUAUAUAUAUUGCAUAAGAUUAAUGUUUUCUUUAAUAUAAAUCAAUUUGUUGCCCUCUGCAAAAAGAAUUUAACCGAUAUUUUGAAUCGAAAUUGCAUUCAACAGCUUCCUCCUCGCUCCGUUCUCGCCCGGGCUUUUGACUCUCCGACGCCGAAUUUCGACAUUCUUACGUCACCGAUUUCGAAUUAGGAAUCCUCCAAUGGGGACGGACUUUGAUGGCGCCUCCGUCUGGUUCCUACGUCCAAAGCCAUUAAAUGCGACUCGAUUCGCAAGAUCCUGUAUUUACCCUUUGACUCUAAAUUUCGAUAAAUUAAUGUUACGCGGGCCAAAAUUAAAAUCCCCGUCCAUGCGCGCGAUUUUAAACUUUGUAUUGGGUUGGGGAGCAGCCGAAUGGAAAUGUGGUCGGUGACGUAAUUCGAAAUUGGCGCCGAUAUAUCGGUGGAGGUUAUCGCUUAUCGAUCGGAGGAGAAUUGGAUACCGGAAUCGAUAUUGAGAGGUUUUUCUGGAAUGCUCGGCCGUCGACAGGGCUGCCGAAAGGGUUGUGGCGGCAAGUGACGACGCCCCAAUAUUUACUUAGUUUUAAUUUCUCGCGUUAUAAACGUCGAUAUUAAAAUUCAAAUUAAAAAAAUGAUUCGAUUUUCGCUCCUUUAAUUUAUUUAAAGGAACGAGAAACCGCAUUUGGGAAAUAAUUUGCGCGAUAACGGCUAAACAUUAUCGAACCCUUUCUGGCAUCCGGUUGCCCGGGCAACGGCCCCGAGCAUUUCGGGAGGGUCGCGGAAAAACGCGGAAAGAGA